CUCUCUUACCUCUUAAGCUCUCCCUUUAUGCCUGACUCUUCCCCCUCCAUACACUUCAACAAAACAAAAUGACGAAGUUCUCGAAGGAGCUUGAAGCUCAAAUCAUUGCCGAGUGGGGGGAGAAAUUCGUGAAUUACAGGUACUUGAAGAAACUAAUAAAGAGAAUAAAGCUUUCCAGGUUGCCCAAACAACGACCUCAACGCGUGGAUGGCGAACUCGGUCUCUCCAUUUUCGAUCCCAUUCACCACUUCACAAAGAAAAUCUAUGACAAGUACUUCCACGAUCCCGAUAACAAAACGACCGAUAUAAGUCAGGUCAGGAGUAAAAGCAUGGAGGAGGGUGAAGAUCUGGAGGUUUAUGAAACUGAGCUUUCUCAGUUGUUUUCUGAAGAGAAUGAGGUAAAGAUGUUUUUUGAUAAAUUGGGUGACGAGCAUAAUAAGGUGAACCUAUUUUACGAGAAAACCGAGAAUGAAUUACUUGAGAAAGGGAAGAAUCUUAACAAGCAGCUUCAGAUUUUGAUUUACCUCAAGCAAAUUCGCAACGACCGUCGCAGGAGAACCUCUCCCUCGAGUACGAACUCCCUUAAUUCUCCUCGUUCUUGUUUAUCUCCAGCCUGGAGUUCUAAUUCCUCAGAAGGGUCGAUUGAAUUGGUUGAAAGCCCGAUGUCGGAGACGGAUGAAGCAAUAGCGGCACUACAAAGAAAUGGUGUGAGUUUCGUUAACUCGGAAACGAAGACAAAAACAAAGGAAGGGAAGCCUAAAACGGCGAUGAAGAUUGACACUCCCGCAACGACCGCGGCGGUCCUGUUGGAAGAUUUAGUUAAUAAUCCCAGAAAAGAAUUAGGCCCAGUUGAAUCCAAUAUUAAUCGAAACAAGGUUCAAUGCGCCGAGAAGGCGAUUCGAACCGCAUUUGUAGAGCUCUACAAAGGCCUCGGUCUACUCCGAAAAUACAGCUCACUAAAUAUGGAGGCAUUCACAAAGAUCAUGAAGAAAUUCGAUAAGGUAUCAAAUCAGCAAGCUUCUGCAAAUUAUCUAAAAGACGUAAAGGAAUCUCCUUUUAUUAGCUCUUGCAAGGUUGUUAAACUGAUGGACGACGUGGAGUCCAUAUUCACAAAGCACUUCGCCAACAAUGACAGGAAAAGGGCAAUGAAAUUCUUGCGCCCCCAACAGCCAAAAACAUCUCACAUGCUCACCUUCUUUGUUGGAUUGUUUACUGGUUGUUUUGUAUGCCUAUUUAUUAUAUAUGCUUUCUUAGCGCACUUGUCGGGUAUAUUCUCCUCCUCAGAAAGCCAUAUUUAUAUGAAUAUCGUAUACCCGGUUUUCAGCAUUAUUGCGUUGCUGAGUUUGCAUUUGUUCAUGUAUGGGUGCAACUUGUUCAUGUGGAAGAGUACAAGGAUCAACUACAAUUUUAUCUUUGAAUUCUCACCCAAUACAUCCCUCAAGUACAAAGAUGCCUUCCUCAUUUGCACCACCUUCAUGACCAUUGUGGUCGGAGCCAUGGUCGUCCACCUCCUGUUACGGCCCUUACAGGACAGUACUUUCCCAUCUAGCCAAGUUGAUACAAUUCCUGGAAUUCUUGUUUUGUUUUUCAUCGCUCUGCUCAUAUGCCCUCUUGACUUCUUCUAUCGCCCGACACGCUUCUGCUUCCUCCGUAUAAUUCGUAAUAUAUUCUUCUCUCCAUUUUAUAAGGUUGCGUUGGUAGACUUUUUCAUGGCCGACCAACUUACUAGCCAGAUUCCACUACUGAGGCACAUGGAAUCCGCAGCCUGCUGCUUUCUGGCAUUAAGUUUCAGAACACACGAUUACAAGGCCUGCAGCGUCGGCAAAACCGGAAGGGUAUUCUCGGAGCUGGCCUAUGUCAUUUCGUUUAUGCCAUACUAUUGGCGUGCAAUGCAGUGUGCAAGAAGAUGGUUUGAUGAAUAUGACGUGGACCAUUUGGCUAACAUGGGGAAGUAUGUUUCAGCCAUGGUGGCAGCCGGUGCCAGGUUGACGUAUCAGAAUCCUAAGAAUGAACACAGCCACCUAUGGUUUGCUAUAGUCUUGGUGACUUCUGUGGUGGCUACUGUGUAUCAGUUGUACUGGGAUUUUGUUAAGGACUGGGGGCUUCUCAACCGCAACUCCAGAAACAAAUGGCUAAGAGAUGAUUUAAUUCUCAAGAAGAAAAGCAUCUACUACAUCUCCAUAGCCUUUAAUACUGUUCUAAGAGUUGCAUGGGUGGAGACAAUAUUUCGAUUGCAUGACGAUCAGAAAAAUUUGCUAGAUUUUUUCGGCGCUUCAUUGGAAGUUAUUCGUCGUGGACAUUGGAACUUUUAUAGGUUGGAGAAUGAACAUCUGAACAACGUUGGAAACUACAGGGCAGUGAAGGAAGUUCCAUUACCAUUCCGCGACAUAGAUUCUGAUGGGUGAAUCCUUGGUUAGACUCGUGCAAUAUGUACAGAUCGACGUCCGUGACAAGCUGAUCGAUCAUUUUAAAUAACAACAAAAUGUGAGAUCGAUCUCGCUCGUCAUUCGUUACAUAUUAUAUAUAUAUCCACUGCAAAAUGACAAUUCUAAGGCGCCAAUUGUAAUGGAGAAAUUAAUUAAGCGCGUGUUAAUUGUUAAGACAAUAAAUAGGCAUUCUGAGUUGGACAUAAA